AUGACUGUUGUAGAUAUGGUGUCUAAUGUGAGAGUGCAGAAAGACAAUUUAAUGAUUCCAACAAAUAGGCAUCUUUUACGGGAGAUGUUACGUAUAGGAGUACCCUUGUCAAUUUCCCAACUUUCUCAAUUUAGUUUUAUGAUUGUCAUGUUAUGUUUUGCUGGUCAUCUUGGCGUUCAUGAACUUGGAGGCGUUUCUAUUGCAAUUGGCAUCUUAAACGCAACAGGAUUUGCCUUUGGUAGUGGACUUUGUGGAGCUCUUGAGACACUUCUCUCACACUCUUACGGAAUGGAUCCACAAAGUACAAUGUAUGGAGUUUAUGCUCAACGAAUGUUUCUUAUUCUUAUGAUAUUUACUAUUCCACUCUCUUUUUUACUAUUUUUUAUCGAACCUUUAUUGAUAUCUUUAGGUGAACCUGAUCGUGUGGCAAAUAAUGUAGGAAGAUUUUGUCGAAUUUGUGUCUUGGGACUACCACCUAUUAUGUUGUUAGAGCUUUUAAGAAGAUAUUAUGCAAGUCAGCAUAGAUCUAAUCCCGUAUUUUUUGUUUUAGCUCUAGCAGCAUUUUUACAUCCUCUUCUGCAAUAUAUUCUUGUUUCUCUAUUUGGUUACACCGGUAUUGCAAUGGGGUGGGUUGUUCUUUUCGUUUGUAUGGAUAUUGCACUUAUUCUUUAUCUUCGAAUUAGUGGUCUUUACCGUCAUACUUGGGGUGGAUGGAGUAAAGCAGCAUUAAAAAAUUGGGGACCUUUGUUUAGAUUAGCUAUUCCAUCUCUUUUUAUGGCAUUUAGUGAAUGGACAGCGAUGGAAGUAAAUUCUGUGUGUGCUGGAUUUUUGAGUAUUGUGGAAUUAGGUGCAUAUGCGAUUAGUAGUCAAGUAGCGAAUCUAUGCUGGAGUACAGUAUCUGGUUUUUUUAUGGCUACUACUGUUUUAGUAGGAAAUUGUAUUGGUGAAAGAAAUCCUCAUUUAGGAAAAACUUUUGCGGUUAUUUCUUUUAUAAUUGUGAUAGCCGUAUGUUUUUUUAAUGUUGUUCUUGUUUAUACCUUUCGACAAGAAGUUGCAUAUAUAUUUACUUCUGAUACAGAAGUUGUAUCCAUUUUUGUUGAAGUUACACCUUACUUUUUAUUAUUUCACGUUUUAGAUGCUCUACAGUGUAAUUUCCUGGGAAUUCUACGUGGAUGUGGAUUACACGUGACGGGAGCUGUUAUUGUUUUCACUAGUCUCACACUUGUGGGAACCCCGCUGGGUCUUUAUCUUCUUUUUCAUCAUCACUACGGUGUGGAUGCUCUGUGGAUUGGGCCCAUUGUCGGUUGUGCCGCUGUGGGAAUACCGGCGUAUAUUUUUGUAUUUCGCCACCGCAUCCGGUGGGAUGCCCUGCGGCCGCAUUUGGAGGAGUCAUCGUCUGCGAGUACUAAACGUUUUGUAUUAGCGGGAGAAGAGGAGAUUGGAGAGGCGUGA